AUGACGGAUUUCCAAGUGCUGGAUCCCGUCCUUCUUCGCCUUUCGGCAGAUGCUGGGUCACAAUCAGCACAAGAUACACAAGAAACACAAACACUCGAGGGAGUUGUCGCUGUCGUAGAAGCCAAUCGAAUAGGGGUUCGGUUGACCGGAAGCAGUGUCGGGAAAGGGAAUAUUUCAGAAAAGAUGGGAGACUUGCAAUGUCCACCAAAGGGUGGCAUCUAUGUUCAUAUACCUACCACAGCAAAAGUGAUUCGGAAACGUCCCGUGACGAGAUUGGACGAACUGCGGCUGCGACGAGAAUUGGGAAUAUUAGCAUCAUCAUCAUCAUCAUCAUCGUCUACCACAUCAGGGACAACUAAUGCAACAACAUCGGGGAAUAAUAGAACCAACGCCACCACUACCAACAUACCAGGGGCAAGUACAUCAAUCGAUCGAAGUCGAAUACGGAGACGACAAGAUGCUGCAAUGGGGGAAUCAAAAUCAACAGCAUCGUUUAGCAGAAUCAAGAUUCAAAGGGUGGCAAGUGCGGAUCCUCCCGAAUCCUUUCGUCUUCCGCCGCCCGAGGAAAUCAGCUAUUCGUCUUCCAACAACGACCAAAGCAACGAAAAAUCGCAAGUAGGAGAAUCGUCGGUGUCAGAUGAACGCAAGGCAACAACGACCAAGCCACUCCAUGAGGAGACUACCACUAAUCCCAGUUUGGAACAGCUGCAAAAAGAAAUUGACGAGCUUCCGCAACAAGUCAAAAGUACUCAAGAACGAUUGGCGGAAAUCAAGAAACAAAAAGAACAACGAUUUCAAGAUCAGAAGCAGGAGCAGCAUCAACAGCUGGAACAACUAGAACAACUAGAAGAGUCAUUGCAAGAACAAGUUGAAGCCGAUGAACCACCUGAAAGUCAAGAAGCACCUGUACCCAAUGAUCCAGACGAACAAGUAGUCGAUACCCCUCCAAGUCGUAGGUCCGAUCCGCCGGGAAGAACUUCGGAUGCCGUUGCGAUCCAACGUCUCAUUGCAUGGUCGCAAUCCAAUGACGACAACGACCACGGAAAUAAUGCUUUCACCAGUGACAUGCCAGGUUCGGCAGCCACCAGUCUCACAGCGGUCAAUAGCGAUGAUACCAGUGCAGCGGCGGCAGAAGAGGAUUUCAUGAUUGGACAAUCUGUCAAAACUCCCAAUAAGCAGCAAGUGGCGGCCAUUACCGAACUCUCGUCUACAUUUCAGUCGCCCCUCGAAAAGGCAGAAGCCAAGAACAAUCCAGAUCUUGCAAAACGCAUGGAUGUUUCCAACUGCAGCAGCAUUGGGCAAGAGGUUUCGGAAGUCUCGUUUUUCUUGCAAAGCAAUGCUCCGGCCCUGCACGAAGGGCUCAAUGGAUCACCAGUCAAGCCAAACCUAUCGACGCAAAUGGAAUCCUCCAAUCAGUCGUCUGCUGACGAAAAGUCAAAUGAUGAUCCCAACAAUACGACACAAAAAUCAUCGGAAGGAAUGGAACAAGUAUUGGAUCCAUGGGAUCGCAUAUUGCUCCAGUCCAAGGGCAUGAUGGAAAAGGACAAACCUGAAACGGUAUUACAAGCAGCUGCUCCGCAACCAGUGCCGGCCAUUAGCGAUCCUUGGGCCGUUCCUGUUAGUACUCAAUACUCGUCCACCUCGGUUCUCGAUGUCUCGAACCCCUAUGGCGCCAUGGCACCUGUACCAAUUCCAGUACCUCCGCCGCCAACACCCGACCGAUUGAAAGUCAAGGAAUCACCAACACCACUUCGAUCCAAUACCUCCGCAGCAGCCGCAAAGACUGGUAGUACGGAACCGACCAUGGGGGUAAUGAUGUCAUAUUUCGCAGAGUCCAAGUCCAAACAAGAAUCGGAAAAGAGUCUGCAAGGAUCACAGAAAAGUGCGUCGUCCAAGACUUCUUCUAUCGCAGCGCCACCAUCGCUACAAUCCAAUGCAUCAUCAACAAAGUCGAAUAGUACCGCAGAGACGAAAAGCAGUACUGAACGACCCACUGGGGAGACUUCAGAGACUAUGGGGGUGAUGAUGUCAUAUUUCGCAGAGUCCAAACAACAAGAUUCUCAAAGGAGCUUGGAAGGUUCUCAAAAGAGCAGCAAUGGUAGCCAAAAGUCCGCAGUUCGCCCCUACAGCAGUGCAGCGUCAGCGGCCCUUCCUUCGGACACGACUGAAGCAACCUUUGCAGACCUCCUACGCAAGUCGCAAAAGAGAACCCCUUUGAAAGAUGCACCAAAGACGAAUGUGAGCGACAAUGGAAAGACGACAGAAAAUCUGCAGCCGAAGCAAGAUUACGCCGAGGCAGCGUCCGUGGUCCUUCCAGUGCACACCACAGAGACUACAUUUUCCGACCUCUUUCGCAAGCAAGAGCAGACUUUGGAGACGAAUGGCACUAACUCACAUCAAGGCAUACAGCCAAAGUCAUCAUUCGAUACAAUGGUGUCAAUCGGAUUGGAAUCUGUUGAUACGAGGAAGACAUUGGGGAAGAAUGAGCUGACUGCUCAAUCGGGCGACGCUGGCACUGCUGCUGUGCUGGAUGAGAAAAAGGAGGAUGAUCGGUCUCAAGCCUCAAGCCGGGCGUCUAGCAAGGAGACGCCCUUUUCACUAUUGAAACCACUUUCGAUUGGGGGGGAGAGGCGGUCAAUCGCAGGGAGUAAGCCUUGGAGCAAGGUAUUGAAUCGAUUGACAGAUGAAGUACCCGAGCCGGAAUUCAAAAGAGCACAGUCCGCACCUGUGGAGGGUGGACUUGGACUCGUAUCGGUUGAUUCAUUGUCACAUUUUUCGAAUUCCAAAGGUUCACCUGGCAGGUCGGUGGAUUCCUACUCGACAUCGUCCUUGCCAAAGCCCCCAGGACUCGUCCUCUCGACGCUCGAUGAAGACCCGGAAAUGUGUCCCUUGGACGAGACAGGUGUUUCGCUGGGCUCCAGAAGCCCUGCGAGAGGCUUGGAAUUCAAUUCACUGAUGCCACUAAUGACUGCAUUGAAUGAUGAUUCGAUAAAACCAUCUUUUGGGCGUACAUAUAAGGUCAGUCCACCGGACUUCGACGAAAAUUCUCUUCGUGGCAACUCAGUGAGCACCAAUGGGGCAGUACGAACACCAAAACGAUCACCAACCACAAUCCAACCGGCCACUCGUUCACCUUUUGAAAUCCCAUUGGUCACAAACGGUUCUGUGUCACCUCCACCGAUACCACCAACCGGGGGGCAAACCUUUGGAUAUUCGCCAAACUCAUUUGCCGAUAGGGCUGUGUCAACUCGUUUGGGAGAACCAAACACGAUAGAACUCUCUCCGAUUUCUGCUCUCGAAACGUCGUCCAUUACAAACGAGGGUGCGGCAACAACUCCUACUCCUUCGAGACCAACAAACGCCUUUGGAUCACCUUUGAAAUCGCCAUUGGAAAACUCUAUAUUUACAAAUGGACCCAUGGCAACUCCUACAAGACCACCACCAAGCAACCUCCAAAAGUCAACGAGUUCUACUCACGGUGUUUUCCGUGCAAGAUCAGGCCAAGAGAAUAUGCCUGCACCAACUCGAAACGACCAAUCCAAAUCAAAAGCAAAACAGAAUGGCGUGCUUGAUUCCAGUGACGAUACAGUUUCACUUCUCAACGCGACUGGUAAUAGCGUGUACUCUCACGACAAGGAAGCAGGAAAGGAUGAUGAAUCGUUCUCGUCUUACGCAUGGACGGCUCCGGCCUCAGUGAAUUCAGAAUCAAAGUCUGCAGACAACGAUGUGUUUUUGACUGGCACAUUCGACGUUGAGUCCCAAGCAUCCACGCCAUCGAAGAUGCCGAGAAUAACUCUCGACGAUUCUUUCUCACUUUAUUCACACGUGGGAGAUCAGCAAGAUCAAUCACCAACAUUCCUUGAACUCGAUAUGGCUGGACAGAUCAAAGAUAUAGUAAAAAAGACAAGAGCGAAGCGAGAACAGACAAGGAACGAGACAUCCAAGUUUAUUUCAACAUCACCAAGCAGCGAGACGUCAAAGAUUAUUUCAAUAUCCCCACUCAAGUCACCCAAUAUGGGAGGCAAUAAGGAGGACGAGGACGACAAGAAAAGUUUUGUCAGUUUGUCAUCCUCGGAGGAAAGUGAAAGUCUGAAGGAGUCAGCUGCGGACGACGAAUUCCAACUAGAAUCACCACCCAAGCAGACAAGAGCCUACAACAAAAAUGCAAUCAGAUGCCUGGCAAUUGUUUUCGCAAUGACUGUUGGAGCGGCUGCUGCUGUCUUGUUUGGCAUGGGUAUUCUUGAUCUUGAGAAAGGAGAAUUGCCAUCCUCUACAGUUGGACAGGAUGGAGGUACUUUGUCUCCAACUGCACCAAAGCUUGUAUCCCUGGCGGACAAGUUGGAAAUCGAGGAGUUUGACAUGGUCCUCGCUCAUAUUCAAGCUUCACUCGAAUGGAUGGUUCAGAAUGAUUCAGCUGAAUUUACCGACAGUUUGAAUGAUUUGGAAUUGGAAGAGCGCUUUGCUUUGAUUGCCUUGUAUAUGGGAACUUCUUCAGAAGGAGAAAGCAAUUGGAAGGAAAAGGGCGGUUUUCUGACACCUGAUGUCUCUGUUUGCGAUUGGAAUCUUGGUGGUUUUGGAGUAUUCUGUGAUGCGGAAGGUCGGGUCACUGAAAUCUAUCUUGACGAGAAUGACAUGUCUGGUGUGCUUCCCAAGGAACUGUCUCGGCUCAGCAUGAUGGAGACCCUUUCUCUUUCUUCGAACCGAAUCACUGGUUCUAUUCCUGCAUCGCUUUUCACGAUGAAGCAUCUUUACUCCUUGGUUCUUUCACACAAUCAGUUGACCGGAGCUAUUCCGGAAUCUCGAAACGGGGCGCUGCAAAUUCUGAAUUUAUCGCACAACUACAAACUCACUGGACAGAUUCCAGAAAGUCUGACUCAACAAACCAGCCUGAAACAUUUGGCGCUACUUGGGACGAACAUUGGAGGAACAAUUCCCGAAUUUUCAAGCGAAUCCGAAGUUGAACUCGUUGCUUUGGCCGAUUCCAGAAUCAGGGGCAGCAUUCCAUCAUCAUUGCCCACUCUUCCAAAAUUGAGAUACCUCUAUCUUAUUGAGAAUGCUUUGACUGGGACAGUGCCAACAGAUUUCAGCAGCCAGAAUGUGCUGCAGCAUCUAUACCUCUCCGGAAAUGAACUGACUGGUGGCGUUCCCUCCGAAAUACAGAACUUGAGACGAUUGAGACAUUUGGGACUUGAUUUCAAUGCUCUUGUAGGUAUCUUGCCAACCGAACUUGCGACUCUAGAGACUCUCGAGUAUCUCUAUUUGAACAGCAAUGUGAAGUUUGAAGGCGAUUUAUCUAAUCCAGAGCUUCGUCCACUCUUUUCAAGAUUGAAAGAACUACAAAUCCAAAACACUGCAAUUCUGUUGACUGAAGACUCUCUCUGCUCCUCGGAUGCCGUAACCUACGAAUGGGACUUUGUGUCCAGUGAUUGCAAACCUACCGAGGACCGCGUCACAUGCACUUGCUGUGAUGUCUGUUGUCCCGAUAGCGCAGCUGAUAGCAACAAUGUCUGUCUCUCAUUCAAUCCGUCAGGAAAAAGCAUCUUGGAGAAUACUGUCUGGUAA